AGCCGGUUCGGUUUGAAACAAGUUUGCAGCCUUGGCUGGCAAAAUUAAUCAAUUUAAAAAAAAAAAAUAAAAUAUAAAAUUGUCAGCCUAGAAUUCAGUCUUCAGUAGAAAUACGAAGAACUCACAACAUUUAAUUACAUCGAAAGUGUUUGAUAUAACAAGCAACUCUGAAUCAAGUUCGUGGCAGCCAACAAUCAGACGAAUGCUGCAGUUAUCCGAUCCGUAGACAAUCAGAAGCUACCGACCAGACAGACGAGAGCCGGGGCUAGGGUCCGCCGCCAGUUGGAGCGAACAAGGGUCAGAAGAACUCAACAGCUGACUGGAGAGGAGGUGGUUUGUUUAUUCAACUGUAUCAAAGUAGUCCGAGAAUCCGCUAUAUGAGUGUUUGAACUUUUCUUAUUUCAAUUCGAAUAUGAACUCUGACGACGAAUACUCGGAUGAAGAUCACGGAGAUUCACAACGUUUCGUAAACAGCCCAUCCUCGUUCAUGACUUGUGUGGAGAGCGAUGAGGACACCUGCACGGAAAUCGAUUUACCGGAACGGCCCAGGCGAAGCGUCGAGGUCGAUGAGUUCGUGUACACGGUCCUCACAUCGGACCAGAUAGUGCAGCACCAGCGAAACAUCAUUAAUGAAGUCAACAAUGUGCUGCAUCUGUCGCCGCAGGUCACACGAAUCAUAUUGAAUCACUACAAAUGGGACAAGGAGACGCUCUUCGAGAGGUACUUUGAGAGCAGUCCACAGGAAUUCUUCCGGCGCGCCCAUGUAGUGAAUCCCUUCGCAACGCCAUCGAAGCUGAGCCUCAAGUCUGCCCCAAGUGUGAGUGGGCGUGAGAAACUGUGCGGCAUUUGUUACUGCCCCUGCGACGAGCUGAAGGGCUUGGACUGCGGCCAUGCCUUCUGCGCCGCCUGCUGGAAACAGUACUUGGGCAACAAGACCUGCAGCGAGGGACUGGCUCACAGCAUUACCUGUCCUGCGACCGAUUGCGAUAUUCUGGUCGAUGAUGUAUCAUUCGUCAAGCUGGCCGACAAUCCGGACGUGAUCGCGCGCUACCAGCAGCUGAUCACCAACACCUUCGUGGAAUGCAAUUCUCUUAUGCGCUGGUGUCCGGCGCCCAGUUGCACACAUGCCAUCAAAGCCAGCUAUUGCGAGCCGCGUGCCGUACGUUGCGCGUGUGGACAUGAAUUCUGCUUUGGAUGUGGGGAGAACUGGCACGAGCCUGUUAGCUGCUCCUGGCUGAAGAGGUGGCUGAAGAAGAACAAUGAGGAUUCGGAGACGUCCAAUUGGAUUGCGCAGCACACCAAGGAGUGCCCCAAAUGCAAUGUGACCAUCGAAAAGGAUGGGGGCUGCAAUCACAUGGUGUGUAAGAAUCCCUCCUGCCGCUAUGACUUUUGCUGGGUGUGCUUGGGUUCCUGGGAGCCGCACGGUUCUUCAUGGUAUAGCUGCAAUCGCUUUGAUGAGGAGGAGGGCAAGCAGGCGAGGCAGGCACAGGAGCGCUACCGGUCCUCAAUGGCGCGCUACCUGCACUACUAUAAUCGCUAUAUGAACCAUAUGAUGAGCAUGCGCAUGGAGCAUAAGCUGUACGCCAAUGUUCAGGCCAAGAUGAACGACAUGCAGGAGAAUAUGAGCUGGAUCGAAGUGCAGUUCCUCAAGGAGGCCGUCGAUGUCCUAUGCCAAUGUCGGGCAACGCUCAUGUACAGCUAUGUGUUUGCCUUCUAUCUGCGCAACAACAACCAGAAGAUCAUCUUCGAGGACAAUCAGCGCGAUAUGGAAAUGGCCACAGAGAAGAUAUCCGAGUGCCUGGAGCGCGAAAUAACUGUUCAGAAUCUGUGCGAGGUAAAGCAAAAGGUUCUGGAUCUAUCUCACUAUUGUCGCAAACGACGAACCGUCCUCCUUUGUCAUGUGCGUGAGGGUUAUGAAAAGGACUGGUGGGAUUUCAUAGAGUAGAACUGUAAUCCCGAUAACUAAGCUCCAAGAUGGUUAGCCGCAAUACAUCGCUCUAUUUGAUUGGCACGACACAAAGAAUCCAGCAUUUCUCUGAAGACUUAAUAUUUAAUUGCCUUUGGUUAGACCUAUUAAAAUAGCACAAAGCUUUUGACUUCCUCUCUGGUAGAGUGCUGUUAAUCUGCCAGAGCCAUCAAAAUUCUACAGUUAUAUAAUGCAAUAGGAAUAACGAUGUGUUUUAUUUGCAAGCAUGGUAUGGCACGGAGUGCAGUCAACAAAUUGCAUAAAUGAAUAGCUCUUGGGCUCUGUAGUCCACAAGAUGAGACAAGAGAAAGGUCAACAUGAAAUUUAUGCUUGCUUGGAUUUUGAAAUUAGAAUAGGACCACAAACAUUGAGCAAAGCUCUCACUUAGCGUUCGUUGCCAGUUGACUCACUGUAUUAACCCCAACAUAUAUAUAAGAUAAAUCAAAAAUUAAAACUUCAUUACAGUA